AUGCCCCCACAGUUGACGCUGGCCAGCUGUGUUCUCCUGCUCAAUAUGAAGCCAUCUUCUACGCACAAAGAUCUUUUGCUUUGCUCGUGGAUGAAGACCUGCUGCCUCCUACUGGUUGUUCUGGGCAGUGCUGGCUUUGGCAGCCCUUCUGAACGUUGUGAUGAUUGGGGAGUCGACACUAUGAAACACAAGCCCGUCUACAAUGGAGAACCAGCCAAAAUCAGGUGCCCGCUUUUUGAGGCCUUCUUGAAGUAUAACUAUAGCACUGCCCACUCGGCCGGCCUGACUCUGAUCUGGUACUGGAUUGGGCAAGGCCGGGACCUGGAGGAGCCCAUCAACUUCCGUCUCCCCGACAACCGCAUCAGCAAGGAGAAGGACAUCCUCUGGUUUCGGCCUGCGCUUCUCAACGACACAGGCAACUAUACCUGCAUGCUCAGAAAUGCUACCUACUGCAGUAAAGUCGCUUUCCCCCUGGAGGUGGUCAACAAAGACGCUGGGUCUUGCAUCAGCCAAGUGGUCAAGCCGGACAAUGUGAUGUUGUACUUGGAACACACCAACGUCAACCUCAUCUGCCCGGAUGUGGAUGGUUAUUUUCCUGCUGGAGUCAAGCCGAAAGUCCGGUGGCUUCGGAACUGCAAGCUCAUGGAAGACUUUUACGAGCGGUACCCCAACGGCCUCAACCUCACGUUCGGCAUCGUACGGGAAGUGUUCAUGGGGGACUAUACAUGCAGUGUGACCUACAAAGAAAAUGGCCAGGACUUCAACCUGACUCGAACGCUGAGGAUCAAGGUGGUAGGGGCACCAGAGAAGGGGACACCCCCACAGAUCCUCUAUCCAAAUGACAUUGUCUACGAACUCCCAGCAGGAGCAGAUCUUGUUCUUCCUUGUCGGGUCUACUUCCCGUACCUGAAGGGUCCUCCGCCUGAAGUCUCCUGGUUGAUUGAUGGACGAAAUACAGACGACAUCUCGGACCUCAGGAUAAAUAUCUCCCAGUAUGAGAAGAAUGAUUCUUUGCAAAACAUGGAUUUGGAGAAGACUCUGAUUGUCCCACAAGCCACAGAAGAAGACCUGAAGCGUAACUACACCUGCUAUGCACGCAACCCAAAGGGUGAAGAAUACAGGCAAGCCAUCGUGAAGUUGCAAGUUCCGGUCCCAAGGUAUACCGUGGAGCUGGCUUGCGGCUUGGGCGCGACCGUCUUUCUCGUAGUCAUCCUGACCGUGGUCUACCACGUCUACUGGCUGGAGAUGGUUCUCUUCUACCGGGCUCACUUUGGGACGGAUGAAACCAUUCUAGACGGGAAGGAGUUUGACAUUUACGUGUCCUACGCGAGGAACGCCGAGGAGGAAGAGUUUGUGCUGCUGACACUGCGCGGAGUCCUGGAGAACGAGUUUGGCUACAAGCUGUGCAUUUUUGACAGAGACAGCCUCCCCGGCGGAAAUAUCACCGAAUCCAUUUUCGACUUCAUCCAGCGGAGCCGGAAGAUGAUUGUGGUGUUGAGUCCCGACUACUUGCUGGAGAAGAGCAUCAGCAUGCUGGAGUUCAAACUGGGCCUCCUCUGCCAGAACCACAUCGCCACCAAGCUCAUCGUGAUCGAGUACCGGCCCCUCCAGCGAGCCCCUCCCAGCAUCCAGCAGCUGAAAGAGUCCGUGGCCUUCGUGACGUGGAAGGGGGAGAAGUCCAAGAGGCCCGGCUCCCGCUUCUGGAAGGCUUUGCGCCUGGCCUUGCCCUUGCGGAGCCUGAACGCCGCCAGCUCCGCUUGGAACGAGAGCUGCUCUUCCCACUCCGACGUGAGCCUGGACCAUGCCCAGAAGAAGAAGGGCCGCUUGAAAGGGCCGGCUGAAGAGCCCGCCACCCGGCCGGGCAUCCCCGUCCAAAGAGGGCUGCCCCCCUUGCCCCGAGUCAAAGCCAAAGGCCAACCCAAGCCCUUUCUGGCUUGCCGGUGCUGCGUGGUGUCCUGCAAUGGGAACCACAGGCUCAGGACACAGAGCCGUAGGGGGGCCAGACACAAGUGGGAGGUGCCAAAGAGACCCCAGCCCCAGAGCAGCGCCAAGCCUCCCCCCGCGGCCUCCCCAGUGCCGGCUCUCGGGCCCCACCAAUACGCAGACUUGUCCAACAACAAUGACUUCUAUGUGCUCUAG